AUGUGGGACAAAAGAGUGGUUGAGGUGACUGAGGAGUGUAUCAGGGAUUACUCGGUAUCAUUGCGAUUCAAGAACGUUGCUAACGGAUGGGAAUGGGCAUUUGUAGGAACAUAUGGGCCCAAUGUGGACAAGGAGCGGAGAAGGUUAUGGGAAGAGUUGGUAGGUGUAUACUCUUUUUGGGAUGUACCGUGGUGCAUGGAAGAAGACUUCAACAUUACUCGCUUCCCUUGUGAGAGGUCAGGACAUCUUCGGAACUCAACGGCUAUGGAGGAGUUCUCCAAGUUCAUCUUUGAGUUGGACCUUAUGGACCUCCCUUUGGUAGGAGGCAAAUACACUUGGUCUAAUGGUCGGAUUGUGGGGGCAUUCAUAGUAGUUGCUGUUAUUUCAAGUUUGAAAACAUGUGGCUUACCGCGAACGGGUAAGCUGAAGGCUCUGAAACAAGACUUGAAAAAGUGGAACGUGGGAGUCUUUGGCCACAUUGACAACCAGAAAACUACCCUUAUGGAGGAAUUGCAGGAGUUAGAGGGAAGGGAAUUAUCGGAAAAUCCCUCAGAGGAGAUGAUAGUGAGGAAGGGUACAGUCUUGGCAAGUUUGGAGAGGGUGUUGUUGUUAAAGGAGACCUCUUGGCGUCAAAAAUCCAAAGCCCUUUUGUUGAAAGAAGGUGAUAAGUGUACGAAGUAUUUUCAUAAAAUGGCAAAUUCACAUCAGCGUAAUAAAGCUAUAGAGUCGCUACACUCAGGUAAUCAAGUGUUAUCUUCUCCCUCGGACUUAGAAAAUCAUAUUGUGGAUUAUUAUGAGACCCUUCUCACAGAACUGACUGAGUGGAGGCCGAAGCUUGAUGCUUUAUCUUUUGACGCUAUUGACUUUCAAAACGCAAGCGUUUUGGAGAGACCUUUCGAUGACGAUGAGAUCUACAAGGUCAUUGUUGGGAUGACCAAGGAUAAAGCGUAG